AAUGUCGUCCACGUACAGCACUAGAAACACCACCACGUUUCCAUCACUUUUCUUGUACACACAGUGCUCAUCAGGACUGGUAACAAAAAACCUCCCGACCGGCUGGAAUCUGAAUAAUCGCCUUCCUUCUCGCCGGUUGAACGUCGUGCACCUACAAAGAACUCUUACACCGGAGGGGUUUUCCGGUGAAGAGCCUCCGAAGCUUAAGUCAGUGUAUAUCCAAUCAAUUCUCAAGAGUAAGCAAUGGAAUGAUCGUACCCUCUUUUCUAUCUUUCUUCCUUUCUCCCCCAAAUUUCUCUUCAUGACAUUACUCUCUUCUUUUUUUAUUUCAGAUUCAGCCACCUCGAGCACUUCCUCCGAUUCGGUCCAAAUACUACCCUCUGCACUUGAAGUUGUCCCUCUCUCUAUCCUUCGCCCCGGCGAGACGGUUUCUACCCGCGUUUUCACAGCUCGCACUGCUUCUCCUAACUCCGGCGACACCAUGGAUAAUAUUCCCCUCCGUCGCUGCCGACCUGCCCUUGGUGAGUUAGAUGAAUCUGAGAGGGAUGAAUCGGUUUCUCCUCCUUCGACCAUCCCUCCUCUUUCUGCCCAACCGAGUACUCCCGCCUCUCCUCCAAAGAAAAAGUCGACCCAAGCUACCUCCAAAAUCUCUUCUCUUUCCAGUGAUUGGGUGAGCGGUUCCAAAAUCGGGCGACCUAAAAAGUCUGGUGCCGCUGGUGGAUCGACCAGCGGUAGAGCAGAGGCAUCGACCACUUCGUCCGGGUCUCGAUCAGGGCCUCUACAGCGAUCGCCUCCUCGUCAAUCACCAGUGGCUCCUCCUCCUCCGUCCAAGCAACACCAACCCGAGGAGCCACCUCGACAACCGGAACAACCUGAGAAACAGCCUCCUCCACCGCCGAAGCAACCGGGCCAAACUUCCCAAAACCCUCAACCCAAAUCCUUCUCCUCUUCAGCCACCAAGUCCUCGACCUCCUCCAAAGUCGAUGAUCGUCAGAAAGGCGUCGAUCACCAACAUACAUCUGACGACCGCCGAAAGACCACUGAUCGUCAACAUCAGGUCGGCGAUCGCUCACAAAGGACUGAUGACCGCCAGAAGGUCGACAAUCGUCAAAAGACCGACCGUCGAGCCCCCCCUCUCAAAGAUUCUGCUCCUUCCAAAACCCUGGACAAGUCCUCCGAGGUCCAUUCCUCAUCCAAGACCCUGGCUUCAGAAAAGCCUCCCCUCGACCAGCAAUCCUUCAAGACCCAAUCCGCCAGCUCGACCAAGGCGCUGGUCGAGUCUGGCGACAAAGUUGACACCGUGCUGGGUAAGCGGUCCCGCAUCGAUCAAGGUGCAGUCGUCUGGAAGCGGGGCCGUGAUAGUCAUCUUCCUCCCGACCCCCUCGCUCCGAAAUCGACGUCCUUGCUGUUGGCGUCCCCGAACGAAGUGGCCGAGCGCCUCGAGGGUGCCCAAGCGGAGCAAAAAGCUGAGUUCGACGUCAAGCUUCGGUCCCUUGAUGAGGAGCUCAGCAAUAAAAACAAGGCUCUCGUGGAAAGGGAUGCUGCUCUCGCAGCUAAGGAGGUGGCGGCAGCAGAGAAGGAGGCCGCUCUAAAAGAGAAAGAGGGUGCUCUCGAACAAGAGAAGGCUGCUCGAGCACAAGCUGAAGUUGCUCGAGUCCAGGCGGAAAAUGCUCGAGCACAAGCUGAAGCUGCUCGAGCUGAGUUGGAGGCUACAUUGGCUAAAGAGAGAGCUGCCCAAGCCGCAGAGAAACAACGUUAUGCCAAUGCCACUGCUCUGCGGGCGAGGCAGAUGCUCUGGGCCACGACCACCGGGCAACUCUUCCUACGCGAGCACCGCGCACAAGUGGUGGCUGAUUUCAUGCAGUCACCACAAUUUCUGAAGGAAGUCCAAGAUUUCGGGGUGGACUGUUUCCAGUUCGCCCUGCAGAAGGCCGGCGAGCAAAUUGCCGAGGAUGAUUUCGAGCAGCUCGACCCCGGAGCGAUUUGGGAUGCCUUACCAAAGGUUCCCUCAAACUUCCGGGGUGAUCCCAAUUUGCCGCUCGAGCAUGAGUGGUGGUCUGGAGAGCUCGAGAGAACCUUGGGUCGGUCGGAUAUCUUGAAGAAAACAUUCGCUCUGCCUGAUGACGCUACUCCUCCGACCGCAAUGCUGGUCGCAAUGGCCGAAUCCAUCCGGCAACGCCCUCUGAACGAAGCCUGCGAUUCGACCUCAGGCACUGGCCCCCAGCUCGAUCCAAAUGCCAGCUCGAGCAACGCCGACUCAGCUGCUGUCCUUCCUCCUCCAUA